GUUAAGUGGUCCGCAGUAAAUGACAAUUUGUUUUCCCUAGCAACGACAUAUUAACGAAGCGGAGCAUCGAACACUCAACGUUGGACAUCGAUAUUAUUUAACAGAACCGUGUGUUGUUUGCUUGGAGUACAGACAGCAUGGAGGACUUCCCCAAUGUGGUUGACAGUGUCAACCAGGUGUCGAAGGCCUCAGUGCAGACGGAACCCUCGACUGACACAAUGUACACGACCACCUCGGCAGACAGCAGCAUCUUGCAGGAUGAACCAACCCCGGCUGAUGAAGAACACACAUUUCUUAUCUUGGAUCCUGAUCAUCCGAAGAUGAUCAGGUUCCAAACGUCGUUGAAGAAUUACCUAACGAAGAUGAUGGAGAAGACCAAGCUGGAGCUGCUGGAAGUUACCAAACCCCUGAAACUGUUGAAGCAGGAGAAAGAGGAUGUCGGCGUGCAUUUGUACGGUCUGCAACAGGAACUGGCCAGUAAGCAGAUGCACCUGGAGGAAGAACAGGACAAGUACACCACGUUUAAAGGGGUUCGUUAUCGGGAAGAGGCCCUCGUGAAGAACACCAAGCAGAUCUGUUCGUCGUCUCAGAGCGAGUUAAUACUCAGCAGAAAACAUGCCAACAGCCUGAGGCAAGACGUGGAGAACAUGGAAAUCCACAGGUUCUACCUGAAGCAGACCAAACAAGAGGUUGGAGGAGACAUCAAGCUUUUGAUGAGGGCCGUGGAGAAGACGACAACCGACAUAGCAAUGGCUGAGACAGAACAGAAGCGACAGGACUUCUUCGUCGACCGACUCGUGAAACGGACAAACAAACUACGAAAUGACAUUGCACUCUACGACACUCAGUACAAGUUACAGCUGGAGGAGACGAAGAACAUCCGGAACAUUCUCCACGAUGCUGAACUACAGCUGUCGCUGAUCAACCAAGAAAAAAAACUCAUCAACCACAAUUGGAGCAAAAGUCUGCUGGGGAUGAAGAAGAGGGACGAAGCUUAUUCGGCCGCACUGGACGCUCUCAGGCAACUUCAAGAGCAGAUGAUGGUCCUAAAGAGCGACGUGUACGGCUACAAGAAGUCCACAAUGCAGGAGCAACAGGAGAACGAGAAGCUGACCCAGAUCCUGAACAAGGGCCAACGUGAGGUGGACAUGAUACGGGAACAGCUGAACAACACCGUACAGAAGUACGAGGAGCUGAAGAUGCAAUAUUCCACGUACAGUCAGCUACUGAAGGAAACUGAAGAGAAUCUUCUCAGGACAAAUGCAUUCAAAUCGAACAUGGAGGAUAUGUUGGUGAAAAUGAGGAAGGAUUUUGAGAAUCAGGUGAACAAGACAAGGAUUCUGGAAGGGCAAAUAAUGGAUAAGAUCAACACCCAAUUGAUGAUGGAAAAAUCAGCGAAAUAUGUGAAUAAACUGACUUCCCAGAAUAGGAUCGUAAUUGAGCAAUUGAUGGCGUCCAAAACAUGCCUUGAGAAUGAUUAUUCCCGCAUCUUACUCAGUAUGACAUCCCUGAAAUCACAGAAGAAGCAUUUUGAGAUUCUCCUCGCAGAAUACGAGAUCGAGAUUAACAACAAGAACAAAAUUAUCGACCAGUGCGACUUGGAGAUUGUUCGGCGCAGCCUCCUCGUCAACAGGAAGCAGAAUAUGGUUGACACCUGCCAGAAGAAACUGGAACAACUCAUUAACAAAGCAGGUGGCAUCGAACUCGGUCCCCUGGACUCCACAAUACGGUCACUGCAGAAGUCGAUCGACGAGAUUGACCAGAACAUCACCACCAUGCAACAGAUGUGGCUGCAGAAGCAGCGUGGUUUGGUGGACGUGUUGAAGGAGAGGGAGGAGCAGGUGGAGAAGAUGGACAGCUCGAAGAAGGAGUUGAUCAUUCACACGCAGAAGAAGAUACGGACGGAACAGAAACUCAACAAGCAGAACUGUGUGAAGGCCGACCUGAACCGAAGCAUCAAGCAUUGCCUUAACGACAUCGUUAAACUAAACGACAUGAUCCACAAGGAGCUGAACCUGGUCGGGGAUGUGGACCACAGCAUCAACAUCCUGGAGAAGGACUUCAUUGCAACACUAAAGGAAGAGAAGAUGAACUUGGUCGAGCUACAGUCCAAGCUGGAGCAGGUGAAGGACGAGAAAGAAGAUUUGCUGCAGAACAUAGUGGAGACAGAUCAACAGAUCAUGCUUGUCGAGAGGAAGAUCCAGAUCCUGAAAGAAACGCGCAGUGCCGUCGACGCUGAUUUCCAGCAAGGAGAGAUCAGAUCGAUGAAGUCUGAGAUCCACCGGAUGGAGAUGAGGUUCUCACAGUUGAUGCGGCAACAAAACUACAUGAUUCAGGACACCGAGAGAUUCUUAUCCAGGCGUGAUAACAUCGAUACGCUGGGGGAUAUCCAGCAGUCCAGGAAGCCGUUGACCAAGGGGAAACUGAACAAAAUACUCAACGAGACCAAGAAGAAGAUCAAGCAAAUACAGAAGGAAACCAGUAACUUGGCUCAAGACCUCGAGGAGCUCCAACAAAAGCAGAACGUUUGUGGUGAUGAAUUAGAAGUCCGACAAGUCGACUGUAACGAGCUAAAGGCUACCCUUGAUGACACGACUGAGCAGAUUGACAAAAGCACCAACUUGAAGUACCGGAAAAUGAUUGACCUCCUGCAGCAGCAGCGUCGUAACAAGUAUUACCAGCAAGUGAAGGACAAGCGCUACAAGAUGCUGUGCAAGUCGAAGACAUCGUAUCACUCGGAGUACACCAAACAACUGAACAACCUGCAGACACUGACGGCAAUUGCAGAACAGAUCUGCCAGGAGUACCCAGGAAUACAGAAGUCCCUACAGAGAAUUCUUCACGUGCUCCUAGUGCAGUCUCAUAAGUACAUGGUGUCAUCCGAGGAUAGCUCUCGUGAGCCCUCAGAUUAGGAGGCACAGUGGCACUUGGUGGAGUUUGAUGGACUUUGGUGGAAUUUGACCAAUCAUAUUUAGACAGUUUGCAAAAAAGUUAACUAAAGAAAAAGCACGAAAAUGGUGUUGAUGCUAAUAAAGAUUAUACUAAUGGCUAUUUCA